GGAAAGGGACAUUGCGACAUGGAGAAAAAAGUAAAAAAACCAAUGCCUUAGCAACAUAUUGGAGCUGCAUCCCAAGUCCUCCUCUCAUAGGUUCAAUUUCUAUUCGCUAGAAAAUCUCACAUGGGCUCUCAUAUGAGUUGAUACAUAACUUGCUGGGAUAUCUUUGUUUUAGUCGUUGUUUACGAUCUAUAACUGAGUAGGAAAUAGAGUAAAGAUAGAGGUGGGGUGAGUGUGUGACAAUCGUGUUCGAUAUAUUGGUGGAAUGAUGAAUGGGUGUUCCGUGUUCGCCAUGGAUUAGCCCUUUAGGCUUAUAUUGGAUUCUGUUAGAUGUAUGCCUGGAUAGUUCAACUAACUACCCAGAUUUGUCGCGUGUUCGCCAUUGAUUUGUCGGGUGCCGCCGGCCGCCAACAUGCCAGAUUUUAUCCAUUGCCAGUUUGCAUGCUGCUGGAGCUUCACUGCUGCUGUCCGUCGCCGCCAUCACCGGACUGCCCUCCAUCAAAGGACAAAUCCGCUUACCAACGGACCGACCCGGUUACACAAGAGAACCAGAGGGCAAUUAAUUAUAUUAAUUAAUUAAAUUAGGGGUAAAAAUUAAUGUUUACUUCUACUUAAAAAAAAAGGAUGACACCCCAUCCCUGAGGGCCCCCAACAUGUUUACUUCUACUUAGGGAAGAUUAAAGGUGGACUGCUAUUUAGGGAAAGGUGAUAGAUAGUAUAUUUUACUUCUAGGUCAAUUACUUUUUAAUAAACAGCUUUUUAUAUCUGAAGAGUUGUAAAAAGUCUAUACUAGUUAUUCUAUUUUUACUUCUCAGGAUCACUGCAUAAUAAAAAUGGAUAUUUUUGGUUUUAUAAUUUAUUAUUAUUCCACCCAUCCCUUAUCUGCAGCAAUACAUGCACUUAACAUUUACUCCGUAUUCUAAUAUUGCAUCUGUUUUAUGGCCAACACCAGUCGGUGCCAUUCAUGACUAGUCUGUAAUCUAUGAACAUGCAUGCAUGGCUCCAUUUGUAUCUUUCCUCAUAACUUAAUUUCCUAGUUAUCUCUCUGUCUCUAGAAAUUCUCAUUACUUAUUUAUGUAUGAAAAUUUGUUUGUACACGUUUUGUGUACAUUGUUUUGUACAUUCCCUAUUUUGACCCUAUUUUGCCUCCAUAGAUAGCCAUUUCAUCUAAAAAAUACUAUCUCCGUCCCGCUAGAAGGUUCCCAUAGCAAAACGACACGGUUAUUUAGGUGAUAAUUAAAUAAAGAACUUCGGGUAUAAUUUGAGAAAUAAUUUUAUAGGUAUAUAUUAUAAUGUGUUAGUAUUGAUAACUGUGAUGUUAUAAAUGUAUUAUUUUUAAUAUUUAAUGACUAAUUUGUCACUUAAGAUUGUUAAUUGUUUCCUAAAAUGGAAAUGAGAACCUUCUAAUGGGACGUCCAAAAGAGUAAAGUGAGAACCUUCUAACAGGACGGAGGGAGCAUAAAAACUUUGAGAGUUGUCUGUGUAUAGAAAAUGUGUACACCAAGAAAAACCAUUUUAGAUAUCAUUAUUAUCAUCAAUCCUUUCUUCCACUUUCCAAUAUAUUAUAUUCCCAAGAGUUAAAAAGUUAUGUUAUGGACACCCUCUUUCUGGCUCGAGAUAGCUCAAGGGAUGAAGAUCUGGCUUCUUCGACAGUGGAAGGAGACUACUUCGACGGGGUCUUCAAGUACAUACAGCAGAUGCUUAUGGAGGAAGACGACUUGGAAUACAGACCCUGCAUGUUCCAAGACUCCAUGUCUCUCCAGGCAGCUGAGAAAUCAUUCUAUGAUGCUCUUACCUUCAGCCAUCCAGUUCCAUUGAGAGGAAGAACAGACGGGGAAGACGAUAACAGAGAAAAGAAUGAGAGAAAGACAAAACACAGCCGAGAUGUUGAUCAAUGGUGUGAACUGUGAAGAAGAGCGCAAAAGCAAGCAAUUUCUUGCCAAUGGGUUUGAUCAAGAGACAGAGGAAUUAGACCAGAAUUAUGACAGAGCGCUGCUUUGUCCUUCCAUGAAUCCUGCCUUCUAUGACAGCUCAUCAGCUUCAUGGGUUUCUGAGGAAACUUCAAGAAAUGAAGGAAGAGACAAGAAGUACAUGGAGGGUGUUAGCUUCAUCUGGGCUCUCUAAUAAGUUCUGGGGGGAAGCUAUUUGUUAUGCUGUUGAUUUGAUUAAUCUGUCCCCGUCUGUUCCCUUAAGAGGGAAAUGCCCUGAAUCUGUGUUCAUGGGCAAACCACUUAACUUGCCAAAUUUGAGAGUGUUUGGUUGUGUUGCUUAUGUGAAUCGUGUGAAUGAUAAAUCUGAACCUAGGACUACGGAAUAUGUUUUCUUAGGAUAUCAUGAUUGCAUGAAAGGUUAUAGGCUUUGGUGUAGGAGUGAAACUUGCUUUAAUGUGUUGAUGAGUAGAAAUGUCAUUUUUGUUGAAAAUGAAUUUCCUUGCCUGCUUGUUUCUCCUGAUGUUGCUCCAAAUGAGGUGGAGCAUUUGCCUGAUGUUCAUUCCGAUUUACUUGUUGAAACCAAACCCAAAUUUGUGAAUGAAAAUGUUUUUCAUGGUGAAAAUAAAGAAAAUAAUAUUUCUAUUAAGGUGGAGCAUGAUAUGAAUGUUGUGUGCAAUAUGCUUGAGUUGCGUGAUUGCCAUGUUAUUAGAGAUAGAGACAUUAGGAAACAUGUGAGAAAUUAUAUGUGCAAUAUGUUUGACUAUAUUUCCUCUGAGUUUGCUUUAAAUGUGCUUAAUUCUCUUUUAAUUAAAAUCUUUGUGAUAGUUGGUAUGCUAUUUUCUUUGUGUUUUGAAAAUGUGAUACCAUGUGAUUAUGUGAGCUCCGCCUGUGCUAGUUAUAGAAAUAAUAUUGUUUCUUUUAUUUUCUUUGUACUUGCUUUGUGUGGUUGUUGGAUUAGUUGGAAUCCCCAACUUCUCCCGGAUGCUUGCUUGCGUGGUCUAUUAACAUGUGUUGUGCUUGUUAAUAGUUUUGUGAUGGUUUUGGUUCUGAACUCGAGGACCGAUUGGUAGAGUUCAGUCCAUCGUGAAGUGGGUUUGCACGAUAAGCUUGGUCCGAAAGGGAACUUUGGUUCUCAUCUAUUACUUGUAUGAUCGCAAUGAUGUACUUGUAAUGGUUCAGCGAUGAUGAGUCUCCUCACAACCGUGUAUUUGUUACUCUACACCACCUAGGACCAAUAAGGUGGAGAAUGUUGGAGGUAUUGGUCCUGCCAAGGCCUCCCUUCCACUUAUUCGUGUUAAGGCCUGCACCCUAAGUUUAGCCGUACUCCUAUUAUUUCCUCUUGGUUUGUUCACUACCUAAUCACAUGGUCUUGUUAUUGUUCUGCCCGAUGCUAUUCUAUCUUCUGCCUUUGUUUGGGCUCCCCUUGUUUUGUCUUUCUUAGACAUGUGACUCACUUGAUUAGGAAAGCAUCUUUUUUGAGCUCCAUAUAAUUGUGGCCAGUGAGUAUGAGAGAGUUGACUUCCUCCUUUGUGUGAGUGAGGCGUGAAGCUAGUGGGCAGUAGCUAUUGAGAGUGUAUCUCCUCCUUUGUGAGAGUAACCAGAGAGUUAGAGUAUAGUCCUUCUUCUUCCCUUGUCCUCCUUUGUGUGAGCUUGAGAGGUGAAAAAGAGUGUGGCUAAACUUGGUGAGUGGUGGAGUGGCUAAACAAUCCUGGGGUGGUGUGUGUGAGUUGUUCUGGUUGGAGACCUGAGCUGAAAUACACACCCAACAGUGGUAUCAGAGCCUGGUUGCCGUCCGCCGCCGCCCGCCGCCGUCCGCCGUCGCCCGCCGCUAUCCGCCGCCGCCCGCCGUUGUUCGUUGCCGUUCGCAGAUGAUUUGAGGUCUGCGAGGACGCCCGUUGCCGGAAGUUUAUCGCUUGAGGCUGAGAAGCCUUUGCUGGAGCUUUAGCCCGGAAUCCUCUGUGGAUCGUCAAAUCCGGGGCUCGUUGGUCGAGGACGCCGCUGGAGCCUUCUUUCACCUUGGAACCGUCGCUCGUCGCAGGGAAGCUCGCCGGAACUCGCCGCUGGAUGCUGCCAAAACUCGCCGGGAGUUUGAAUACCCCCCAUCACCGCCUGGGAGGUCCACCGUCGAAGUCGCAGGGACCCUCCGAUGGUUUUUCCGCUCGACGCUGGGUUAUUGCUCGUUGCUAGACUGAGGCUGGAUUUCAGAUCGAUGCCUUUUGUGAGUUUGGAGCGGUCCGCCUGAACGCAGGAAUCUCGCCGCCGCAGGGAACGAAGCUCGCCGCCCGGAGAUAGCUCGCCGUCCGUCACCACCAGAGCUCGCCGCCGGUCUCCUGGGCUCCCGCCGAUGGUCGUUCCUCGCUGAUCGGCAAGCCGCUGGAGCAGAGGGCUGGCCAUCGCAGGUAUCUUCUUUAUCGCAGAUCUCGCGUUGAUGAUCUGCAGGUAAGCUGAGACGCUGGACUCUGUUGGACUGGCUGGAGAAGUUUGACUGGGCUUCAACAAUUGGGCUUCUGGACUACAGCUGGAUUGGAGCUUGGUUUUUCUGCUUUGUUGCUGGGCUGGAGUGAACUUGGACGGCUGGAGUGGACUGCUGGAGUUGCUGGAGCUGCUGGUCAACCGGUCAAAGCUCGGUCAACGCUGGUCAAAGUCAGUCAACAGUCAAAUAAAAAUCCCAAUUUUUUUUAAAAAAAAUUGGGUGGGUAAGGUCGAAACGCCUCUCCUAGGGUUUCGCUCCGGUAUAUUGACUUUUAUCCCUUUUAUCGCUUUUGUAGUGAUUUAAUCUUUUAUUGUGUAGAAAUCUGUUUUAGGUUUAUUACUGCUGUUAAAAUUAAUUAAACUGUUGUGUUGCUUUGUGCUGAAAAUUUAUUAUUUAUUUGUGCUUAUACGGAAGAACAAGGGGUUUGAAGUUGAGUUUGGUGCUCAUUAAUACUCCCCGCGUGUUCGUGCUAGUUGCUUCGUAUAGUUGUAGCCUUAUAAAUAUUUAAAUUGUUUUCAGCAAUAUUUAAGUUGUAGCAAAAUUUACAUUUUAUUUUGUUGCUUGUUUUUCUAUGUGAAAAUGUCUGCUUAUAAUCAGUAUGGUAUGGCUCCAUUUAAUGGAAAAUCUGAUUUUAGCAUUUGGAAGCAAAAAAUUAAAUGUAUUUUAAUACAACAAAAAUGUUUUAAAGCAGUUGGCGAAACCUAUUUAAUUUCUGACACGGAAGAUAAAAGGGCUGAAAUGAAUGAAAAUGCAUGUUCUGUGAUUUAUUUGAACUUAUCUGACUCUGUGAUUAGAAAAGUUGGAAUUUUAGAGAGUGCUAAAAUUCUGUGGGAUAAAUUGAAUGAACUGUAUACUGAGACCUCUUUGCCUAACCAGAUAUUUUUACUUGAGAAGUUCUUCAAAUUUAGACUAGAUAUGUCUAUAGAUAUUGAAGAAAAUCUAGAUGUUUUUACCAAACUUAUUUCGGAUAUUAAGUUGUGUGGUGAUAAACAUAUAGAUGAUUAUUCCCCCAUUGCUCUUUUAAAUGCUAUUCCUGAUUCCUUUAGUGAUGUGAAAUCUGCUAUUAAGUAUGGUAGAGAUAAUGUGACUCUUGACAUUGUGGUAAAUGGUCUUAAGAGUAAGGAAUUAGAUUUAAAACAGAUGGGUGAGGGUAGAAAAUCCGAGGAGGUUAUGCAUGUGAGGGGUAGAGAAAAUAAUAGUAGACGACAUAGAUCUAAGUCUAGGUCUAAUUCGAAGCGUUGCUAUUAUUGUCAUGAACCUGGUCAUUUCAUAAGAGACUGUCCUAAAUCUAGGAAAAAUGAGCAUAGUGAGCAUGCUAAUUUGACUACGUGUGAAGAUGAUUUAGGUGAUGUUUUUAUGAUGAAAAAUCUAUGUGAUUAUGACUAUUUGAGUUCUGUGAUAUCUGAUUCUUUGGGUAAAUCAGAUUGGGUGGUAGAUUCUGGUUGUACUUUUCAUGUCCCCUUUGAAAAAUGUGUUUUCAAACUAUAGAGAGAUUGAGCAUGGCUUUGUGUCUUUAGCAAAUGAGAAGAAAUGCAAUAUGCUAGGAAUAGGAGAUGUAUGCCUUAGGUUUUCUUCUGGUUAUGUGCUUACUUUGAAGAAUGUUAGGCAUGUUCCUGAGCUGUGUUGUAAUUUGCUAUCUUGUGCUUCUCUUGAAAAUGAGGGUUUGAAGGGAAAAUGGGGAAAGGGAAUCAUGAAAGUUGUGAAGGGUUGCUUAGUUGUUUUCAAAGCUAUGAUGAAAAACAACUUGUAUGUUUGUCAUGCUGAACCCCUACUUGAUUCUGUGAAUUUUGUGCAACCCUGUGUGCUAGGAAAACAGUCUAGAGUUGGUUUUCCUGAUCUGCCUAAAUGUACUGAUGUGCUUGAUUGUAUUCAUGCUGACUUGUGGGGUCCUUAUAGUGUUUCCACUCAUGGUGGGAAAAAUUAUUUUCUGACGUUGAUUGAUGAUUUUUCAAAGAAAGUGUGGGUUUUGUUGAUUGAGAAUAAAUCUGAAGUUUUUGAUAAGUUUAAAAACUGGAAAAUCCUUGUUGAAAAACAAACCGGUAAGAAAAUUAAUUUUUUAAGGACCACAGUCAGUUUUGAUUUCUGUGAUAGUCAGCUUGGUGAUUUAUGUGAUACUUGGGGUAUUUCUAUGCAUAAAUCUGUUCCCUCCACACCCCAACCGGAUGGGGUUGCUGAGAGGAUGGUUAGAACUUUAUUAGAGAGGGUGAGGGCUAUGUUAGCUUCAUCUGGGCUCUCUAAUAAGUUCUGGGGGGGAAGCUAUUUGUUAUGCUGUUGAUUUGAUUAAUCUGUCCCCGUCUGUUCCCUUAGGAGGGAAAUGCCCUGAAUCUGUGUUCAUGGGCAAACCACUUAACUUGCCAAAUUUGAGAGUGUUUGGUUGUGUUGCUUAUGUGAAUCGUGUGAAUGAUAAAUCUGAACCUAGGACUACGGAAUAUGUUUUCUUAGGAUAUCAUGAUUGCAUGAAAGGUUAUAGGCUUUGGUGUAGGAGUGAAACUUGCUUUAAUGUGUUGAUGAGUAGAAAUGUCAUUUUUGUUGAAAAUGAAUUUCCUUGCCUGCUUGUUUCUCCUGAUGUUGCUCCAAAUGAGGUGGAGCAUUUGCCUGAUGUUCAUUCCGAUUUACUUGUUGAAACCAAACCCAAAUUUGUGAAUGAAAAUGUUUUUCAUGGUGAAAAUAAAGAAAAUAAUAUUUCUAUUAAGGUGGAGCAUGAUAUGAAUGUUGUGUGCAAUAUGCUUGAGUUGCGUGAUUGCCAUGUUAUUAGAGAUAGAGACAUUAGGAAACAUGUGAGAAAUUAUAUGUGCAAUAUGUUUGACUAUAUUUCCUCUGAGUUUGCUUUAAAUGUGCUUAAUUCUCUUUUAAUUAAAAUCUUUGUGAUAGUUGGUAUGCUAUUUUCUUUGUGUUUUGAAAAUGUGAUACCAUGUGAUUAUGUGAGCUCCGCCUGUGCUAGUUAUAGAAAUAAUAUUGUUUCUUUUAUUUUCUUUGUAUUUGCUUUGUGUGGUUGUUGGAUUAGUUGGAAUCCCCAACUUCUCCCGGAUGCUUGCUUGCGUGGUCUAUUAACAUGUGUUGUGCUUGUUAAUAGUUUUGUGAUGGUUUUGGUUCUGAACUCGAGGACCGAUUGGUAGAGUUCAGUCCAUCGUGAAGUGGGUUUGCACGAUAAGCUUGGUCCGAAAGGGAACUUUGGUUCUCAUCUAUUACUUGUAUGAUCGCAAUGAUGUACUUGUAAUGGUUCAGCGAUGAUGAGUCUCCUCACAACCGUGUAUUUGUUACUCUACACCACCUAGGACCAAUAAGGUGGAGAAUGUUGGAGGUAUUGGUCCUGCCAAGGCCUCCCUUCCACUUAUUCGUGUUAAGGCCUGCACCCUAAGUUUAGCCGUACUCCUAUUAUUUCCUCUUGGUUUGUUCACUACCUAAUCACAUGGUCUUGUUAUUGUUCUGCCCGAUGCUAUUCUAUCUUCUGCCUUUGUUUGGGCUCCCCUUGUUUUGUCUUUCUUAGACAUGUGACUCACUUGAUUAGGAAAGCAUCUUUUUUGAGCUCCAUAUAAUUGUGGCCAGUGAGUAUGAGAGAGUUGACUUCCUCCUUUGUGUGAGUGAGGCGUGAAGCUAGUGGGCAGUAGCUAUUGAGAGUGUAUCUCCUCCUUUGUGAGAGUAACCAGAGAGUUAGAGUAUAGUCCUUCUUCUUCCCUUGUCCUCCUUUGUGUGAGCUUGAGAGGUGAAAAAGAGUGUGGCUAAACUUGGUGAGUGGUGGAGUGGCUAAACAAUCCUGGGGUGGUGUGUGUGAGUUGUUCUGGUUGGAGACCUGAGCUGAAAUACACACCCAACAGAGGGCAGUAAGCGUGGAAGGCCGAAAGGGAGCAAGAAAGAAGCCAAAGGUAAGGAGAUCAUCGACCUCGCCAGUCUUCUAGCUCAGUGUGCCCAAGCUGAGGCUACAGGAGACAAGAAGAAGUUCCAACAAUGGCUAACAACCAUCAGGCAACAUUCUUCCCCAUAUGGUGAUGCUACUGAAAGAGUUGCGCACUGCUUUGCAAAUGCUCUUGAGGCCCGCUCUACUGCCUCUGGAAUAUCCUUGUACACAACUAGCAAGAAAAUGUCAGCUGUAGACUACCUGAAUGCUUAUCAGGUCUGCAUAACUGCAUGCCCAUUCAAGAGAAUGUCCAACAUUUUUGCGAACAAGUCGAUCGCCAAACAAACUAGUGAAGCAUCCAAGAUUCAUAUCAUUGCUUUUGGCAUUCUAUAUGGGUUCCAAUGGCCAUGCAUAAUUCACGGUAUUUCCCUCCGGCCUGGAGGACAUCCGCAGCUUCGGAUCACCAGAAUUGAUUUCCCUCACCCGGGCUUCUGGCCUGCCGAGAGGGUCGAGGAAACAGGACAUCGACUCGAGAAGUUUGCAAGGAGAUUCAAUGUCCCCUUUGAGUAUAAUGCCAUUGCCGCCAACAAAUGGGAGACCAUCACUCCAAAGGAUCUCAAGAUUGAUCCAGACGAAACUCUUGUGGUGAAUUGCUUGUACAGACUAAAGAAUGUUUCUGAUGAGACGUGUAACACAUAGGAGGCAGGGGAGGACACCAGCCCUAGAGAUUACGUUCUCAAGUUAAUCAAGAAAUUGAACCCGAAAUUUUUUGUUCAUGGAGUUGUGAAUGCGAUGUACAAUGCCCCAUUCUUCACGACAAGAUUUUGGGAAUCUUAUUUUCACUUCUCGGCAAUGUUCGACAUGUUCCACGCAACGAUGCCACAUGAAGACGAAGGACGGAUGAUGGUUGAGCAAGAAGUAAUGGGAAGGGAAGUUCUAAACGUGAUAGCAUGUGAAGGGAAAGGAAGAGUGGAGAGACCGGAGACUUACAGGCAAUGGCAGGUGAGAAAUCAGAGGGCAGGAUUUAAAAUGCUUGGAUUGAAUCAAGAGAUCAUGAAGGAAAUGAAGGCAAAGGUUAAAAUGGGGUACCACAAAGAUUUCAGCGUAGAUCAAAAUGGAGAAUGGAUGUUGCAAAGUUGGAAGAGUCAUCUUUGCUCUCAGUUUGUGGAAGCCUCUUCAUCAUUGAUCAAUACAUAUUCCUUUCCACCGUUGCAUGCAAUUCAUACUGAAUGUCAUUGACUCAUUGUGUUACCUAAGUUCAUCUCACUUUUGAAUUGACCAUGCUUUGU